AUGGACGUUGGACUACUCGUUGAUAGCUCGUUAUGGUGGAAUGCAUCGUCGUGGCUUGCUUCGCUAAACCUACCUUGGCCGGAACCACCAGGGCAGUUUGGUCGCGUGAGGGAAAAGGAGCUUGAAACUAGAAGAGGAAUUGCCCUUCCCAUUGCAGCGCAGGAAGCCGACAUUUUCUCUCUGUUUUCCUCGCUAGAAGCCUUCGUCACGGUUCUCAUGCAAGUUGAAGGCUGCUUGAAUUCCAGGCCUAUUACACCAAUAUCAACUGACCCAAAUGAUAUACAGGUGCUAACGCCGGGCCAUUUUCUUAUCGAGCGGCUGCUCAACGCCCUGCCACAACCCGAUUACACUGUUGUUCCCGAGAAUCGACUGCGGAUGUGGGAACGACUUCAACGGUAUACACUUCUGGCAGCGAUGACAUCGUGA